AUGACACGCCUUGUACCCGCCACUCGUCUCGCGUGCCUGUCGCGUCGCUCCCCCACUUGCAGGCACCUUCCUCGGGCAUCCCCACAAGCCACCUUGAGAGAGAGCGAGGAGGGCAAAGGCGAGGAGGCAGAGGGGCGGGGCAGCAGCGAUAGUGUGGAUGGAGGAGAGGGGGAUGAGUUCAUGGAGACAGUGGAUUCAUCGUCAGCAGCACUCAGCAGCUGGCUCCGACCAAGGCUCAUGUCGUUUGUUGCGCCUCAACACUUAUUCCCUCCUCCUUCCCUCCUUUUCUUCAUCCCCACCCACCAGAGGCAGUGGGUUCAUCGUCAGCAGCACUCAGCAGCUGGCUGGCUCCAACCAAGGCUCGUGUCUUUUGAGUCGCCUCAGCACUUAUUCGUCCCCUUCUUCCCUCCGGUCCUCCACUCCCACCCACCAGCGGCAGCGGGUUCAUCCUCUGCAGCAGCACUCGCGGCUGGUUCUCACCAAUGCUCAUGUCGUUUGAUGCGCCUCAACACUUAUCCCCCCCUCCUCCCCACCUGUUCUUCACCCCCACCCACCAGCGGCAGUGGAUUCAUUGUCAGCAGCGUUCAACGGCUGGUUCUCACCAACGUGCACGUGGUGGAUGGUGCAGCGAGAGUGACGAUCUCCCAUCCCUCACUCCCACCCCACCCAUCCCUCCCUUCUUGUCAGCUGCUUCUUCCUGACGGUCGUCGCUUUCUGCUUCUUCCCGACGGUCGUCGCUUUGCCACUCAGUCAACCGCACUGCAUCCCUCUGCAGACCUCGCAGUGCUUAAGAUAGUGCCGCUGUCAGUGCAUACCAAAGGGCCACCAGCCGGCCCUCUUUCCAGCCUGCAAGGGGUUGAAGAGCCGGCUGUAGCAAGAGUGAAGAGUGAGUUGGCUGUAGCAAGAGUGAAGAGUGAGUUGGAUGUAGCAAGAGUGAAGAGUGAGUUGGCUGUAGCAAGAGUGAAGAGUGAGUUGGCUGUAGCAAGAGUGAAGAGUGAGUUGGCUGUAGCAAGAGUGAAGAGUGAGUUGGCUGUAGCAAGAGUGAAGAGUGAGUUGGCUGUAGCAAGAGUGAAGAGUGAGUUGGCUGUAGCAAGAGUGAAGAGUGAGUUGGCUGUAGCAAGAGUGAAGAGUGAGUUGGCUGUAGCAAGAGUGAAGAGUGAGUUGGCUGUAGCAGAAGAGGAGGGGACAGGGUGGUCGGCAGCAGACAGUGUUGGGUCAGCUAAGGAGAGGGCUACUGUGCAUGGUUGCAGAGGAGGGGGGUCACGGGAAGGGGUUGGGGAGGGUUUGAUCAAGGGGGAAUGGGAUGAGAACUCAUUUGUGGCGGUCAUAUUUGGGGAAGCGAGAGGAGGAGAGCAAGAGAGAGGACGGGAGAGAGGAGGGAAAGGCGAUGGAGAGGAGGGAGAAAGGCAAGGGGAUGGAGGGGAGAGAGGAGGAGGUCAGAGGGAUGGGAGAGAGGAAGGAGCGGGCAGCAGGGAAGAGGAGUGGCUGCCCUGUGCGCCCAUUGGUGACAGUGAUGACAUGGAGCUUGCUGAUUGGGUGAUCUCGGUGGGCAAUCCCGUGGGGCUACCUGGCAGCAUCAGCCUGGGCGUGAUUAGCAGCCUCCACCGCACUGCUGCUCAGGUGAGUGAGGUUGUUGGGCGGGAGAGGAGGAGGGGUUGA